CCUUUCCUUUUCAUUCUUCCUUCCUUUUUCCUUCUUCAUCUUCACUGUAGAAGCAAAAAAAAAGAAGAAGAAGAAACUACUUGGAAAGAUCCGAUAAGCGUCGUCGUCGGAAUUUUACCGGCCGACCGUCUUCAGGUCGUCGGAUUAGCUUCCUUUCUGGAGAGAAAUCCCCUCCACUCAAAACUUUUAUCCUUUUCGAUCUUUCUUUCUUCUUGUGAGGAUCUCGAGGGAAGAGAAUAAUGCUAAAAGGUCUCUCCUCUUUCCUUUCUCUCUUUUUUUCCUCCCCUAGGGUCCGAAGGAGCCUAAGAUCUGCAAAAGCAGAGCCUCUCACGGGGCCGACCGGUAGCCUUUUUGGCGAUUUCCGAGAACUUUCUUGACUGUGAAUUUUCUCCGUUUAAAGCCGUACUGGAAGGCAGCAGGAGGAGGAAGAAGGGAAAGCCGUAGCUUUGACUUGCUUCCCUUGAUCAAGAUAAACCCUGGGGGAUUUGCCAGACGGUUGAAGGGAAAAGAAGAAGUCGGAAUAUAUUUUUUUUGUGAAGGGGUUUUGCAGGGUUUUAAAGCGCCGGAGUGACGCUGGAUUAGUCAGUGAAUCCGCCUCAGGCUUUGAUUCUACUGGUGUUCGCUUUUCAUGUUGGAGAGGGAUCCUCGACGGUAUGACGAGUUUUCCGGCAGCGAACGGACGGCAGGACAGUCGCCGGAGGGGUCUCUGCGGCGAGAGACCGACGGCCUCGACUUCCGGCAGCCGGAUCAGGCCUAAGGUCGUCCGGGUCUUCUUCGACGACGUGGACGCGACGGACUCAUCGAGCGACGAGGAGAACGGCCACGUCUGCAGGCUACGUGUCAAGAAGCACGUGCUCGAGAUCAAUAUUGCAGCCCCGCCGGCUCCGGCCCCGGCGAGCAAGCGGCGGAGGCUGGCGGAACUCUGUCGCCAAGCGCCGGGAAAGGAACAGACGAGGAAGGAGAAGUUCCGUGGCGUCCGCAGGCGGCCGUGGGGCCGCUGGGCGGCCGAGAUCAGAGACCCAACCCGCCGGAAGCGUCUCUGGCUCGGGACGUUCGACACAGCGGAGGAGGCGGCCAUCGUCUACGACGACGCGGCGCUGAGGCUCAAGGGCCCUAACGCGGUCACGAACUUCUCCAAGACGAUGACGCCCCUGACUCCCUCCGUCUCCUCACCGACGUCCGUCCUCCCGCCAUCCGCCGGCGACUCUGCGCCCUUCGAGAAGCUCCCUUCCGACUCGGAGUCUUUGACGGUCUCUUCGGAGCUCGGGUCAGCUGAGUUCGAGCCGACCGCCUCUUCAGAGCUCGGGUCAGCCGAGUACGAAGCUACCGUCUCGUCAAAGCUCAGAUGCGGGCCAUGCGGCGAGUUCGAACUCGCCGUCCCAUCGGAGCUCGGUUGCCCCGAGUUCGAGCCGUUCGCGUGCGGCUUCGACGCCCUCUCUUGGUCGCUCCCGUUCUUCUCCGACGUGGCUUGGAGAGCAAGCAAGUGGCGGGACGACGACGACAACUUCGGCGACCUGGACGACGUCCUCCUCCACCAGAUCGGCGAUUUCAUCCCUCCCUCCUGAAGAUUUUCCCUCUUUUUUUUUUCCUUUUUUCAUUUUUCGGGGUUUUGGGUUUUAGCCGUGGGAUGGGCGUUCCCGCUCCGCGACGGUUCCCCUCGGCCCUCCGCUUUUUGUCCUCUUCCGUCGGCGCUGCAACGUGGCGAAAACUCCCGGGCAGAUUUUGUGGCCUAUUUUGUUCUCCCUUCCCAUCUUGUGUAACGUAAGUUGUAAAACCAAGUAAAAAUGAGCAAGUGUAACCCGUCGAGUGGAUUUCGUAUUUAUUGAAAAAAGAGGAAAGUAAGUAA